AUUAGUUAAAUUUUUAAAAGAAAUACUUGAUACAGUAAAAUUUGAAAAAGCCAUUAAAGUUCAAGGCAAAACUUUUGAGGAAUUUCUAAAACAUUUUUCUUGGGAUGUGAAAAAAUAUUAUAAUGUAAAUUUAGUUAAAGUUGUGGAAGAAAUAGCAAUACCGGUUUUACGUAUGGAAAGUCGGACAAAAGAGAAGAUAACCACUUACCAAAACUGCAAGACUGAUAAUAAGUUUGAGAAGACUAAAAGCGGCUCUUUAGCCAGCAAACGUUUAAACGACAUUGUGAAAAGGGAGCACGUGGUUUUGGGAUCGGAGUAUUUAACAACUUUAUUCGUUGCUGUUCCGCGUCACCUCGAAAAAGAGUGGAUGGCUAAUUACGAAUCUUUGACGGAACUGGUAGUCCCGCAAUCUAGCCAAAAAAUAGCCACCGACUCUGAAUUUACUCUCUAUUCAGUGACCUUAUUCAAACGCGUAGUCGAAGCUUUUACAGAAAAGGCCAAACUGGAAAAGUUUAUAGUGCGCGACUUUGUCUAUGAUCCCCAAACAUCUGACUCUCAAGUGCAGGAAGUAAAGCAAAAAGAUGCCCAGCGUAAUCACGUUUGGGCCUCCUCUGUGAGGUGGGCCAGAAGAUAUCUCGAGGAGGCCUUCAUUUAUUGGUUUCAGCUCAAAGUGAUAUUCGUCAUCAUCGAGGCCACUUUGAACUACGGCUUGCCGCCUCGUUUUCAAUGCUUUUUGGUGUCCCCAGUCAGUUCUAAACAAUUGAAGAAAACAAGAGCUUCUUUAUUAGCUGUAUUUGACCACUUAAAGUCGCCGAAUUUCGAUUCUCACAGCUCCGGUGGUUUGGAGGAAGGAGUCGACUCGGUCGCUUUCGCUGGCUCCGCGGAGUAUUUGCCCUACACUUCUCUCACUAUAUCUGUAAACUUUCAUCUUUAA